AUACCUCUUUAGAUAGAUAGAUAGAUAGAUAGAUUUAUUUGUGCAUAUAUAUGUCAUAGUAACAAACCAAUGUGACAAAUAUAUAACACAGGAUAACCCAUUAAAGUUAUUCAACUUAAUUUCAAUGGGGUCUUUAUGACAAAUAUAAUUAUUUGCCAAGAUCUCAGUUGUAAGCUGUUUAAAUUAGGUUUACUUAUACAAAAAUAACAUGCAUGUCCUCUUGACCAGUUAAAGAAUGCUUAUAAGACUUUUAUAAACCGGGCAUGAUUAAACUUACUCUCUUAGUAGAUGGUUAUACAUCGAUAUGCAGUUUAUUUAACAUCUAUUAAGGCUGUCGGGAACUCAAUAUUUUUGAAAAUGAUCGUUGAAGAAUGUCGCAAUUUCGAUUUUCGGCAUUUAUCUUACGAGGGUCAUUGACCAAUCAAAAAACGGUUUACAAAUGGGCCUUAAACUCACAUGUACACAAAACAUCAACAUUAGAUUGUACAUUGGAGUUUGGUUUAAGUAACACUACACGGCACUUGAUAUGUAUUCGUAAACUUCAUUCGUUUGCUACCUUCAAGAUGGCCGAACAGUCGAGAAAUGCUUGGAUCCUGAAAGACGAUCCUAGGCUGGUCUCAGCCAGACAGAAGGAUUUCUUUGUGGACAUUCUGGACGAGAGACGUCACACAAGUGAUUUUGCGUGGUCUCUUCGCCAUAGAGAUGUCCCAACUUACAAAUACAACAAACCAAGGUCCCCAGCAGAUGUCAAGCAGGAUGUCUUACAAAGUGACAGGGUUAAAUAUGCCAUUGAAAAGACAGUCGAGGAGACUGGUCAGCCAUAUGAAUUUGUUGUAAAGGAGGCUGAGUACAUCGUUGACGAGAUGUCCCACAAUCUCCGUGUUGGGGUGGUAAGAUGCUUCGCCUUGGUGUUGGUCAAGGUCAUGAAGAAGCUUUUCGAGAGAAUCUAUGUCAAUGAGGAGGCGAUACAAAAUGUCCGGGCCAUGUUGAAGGAUUACCCAAUACUGUUGAUGCCAAGCCACCGCAGCUAUCUGGACUUCCUUCUAAUGUCGUAUGUGUUCUACCAUUACGACCUGCCACUUCCUGUCAUAGCUGCUGCAAUGGACUUCAUGGGUAUGAAAUUCUUUGGUUGGCUGUUGAGGAAUUCUGGAGCAUUCUACAUCCGGCGUAGUUUUGGUGAUGACCAGCUGUACUGGGCAGUGUUCACAGAGUAUGUCCAGACCCAUAUCUGUAAUGGAGACUCACCAAUCGAGUUUUAUGUGGAAGGCACGCGCAGUCGCACACAGAAAUCACUGCCACCCAGGAUAGGUAUGCUGUCGGCAUCCCUGGAGCCGUAUUUCAAGGCAAACGUUCCUGACAUAAUGGUGGUACCCAUCAGUAUCUCCUACGACCGGGUCCUUGAGGAGAGAUUGUAUGCAUACGAGCUUCUUGGUGUUCCCAAACCCAAGGAAUCUGCAUCAGGUGUUUUCAAAGCACGGAGUAUAUUGUCAGAGGACUUUGGAAAUGUUCACAUAUUUAUUGGAGCGCCGCGAUCUAUACGCACAUUCUCCGUCAGCGAGGUGGACCGAACUGCUCACAGUACUUCACCAAGGUACAUAGCAAGUCUGACAAUUCAAGAACAAGCCCUGGUACAUAAACUGAGUUACGACGUAACGUUACAACAAAUUCGUAACAUGGCGAUAUCUCCAUGGUCGAUCAUCGCUGCGGUUCUUCUUCAGAAUAUGGACGGUAUCCCACUUAAACAGCUACUGAAGGAGGUCGAGUGGCUUAAACGUCAGGCCUCAAACCUUGGAGCGUAUAUUGACUGGCCUGUGAAUGAAUCAGGAGAAGCAGUCCUCAAACACAACAUUUAUAUUCACAAAAACAUUGCAAGACUGUCAGCAGACCACAUUGUGGAAUUGAUAGCAGAUGACAGUGCUGCCCAACAGUCUGACGACCACCUGAUGACAUCUGCUGCCAUGGAGAUGAUGGUUUGUCUCUACAGAAACCAGCUGCUCAAUGUGUUUGUCCGGGUUGCUCUAAUCACUAUUCCUAUCAACUCGUGCGACAAGGAGACUCUGCCUAUAAGUGAGUUAAGGUCCCAGUAUAGUCUGCUGGAGAAGCUGUUAAAUAGAGAGUUUAUCUUCAUGCCUAGUCAGACAAACCAGGACUUUGAGAUGGCUCUAGCAAGCCUGACCAACACGUGUGGAGUUGUCAUAGAGAACGAGAGUGUCCUCAUCAAGAAAUCCACCAACAAGUACACAACCUUCUUCAGUCAGAUGUUUGAACCAUUCCUUAUGGGAUACUGGGUGAUGUGUCGCUACCUGUUGUCCAUGCAGUCUGGAGCCCAUGGCAAGCCCCUGGUCAAGCUGCCAAAGGCCAUCAGCAAGGAAGCCCAGAUUUUGAGUGCCCGUCUGCUGCGCGAGGGUCACCUCAAACAUAAGGAAAUCCUCUCUCUAGAUAUGAUGAAUAACUCGUUACAUGCGCUCUACCACCUUGGGGCCAUUCAUAAAGAGAAGAGACAAGGUGCCAGUUACAUGUAUCCAAACCUCAUGGUUCUGUCCAGGAUUACUGAAGAUAUAAGUAAAUUUAUAGAAGUGCCACCAUUACCACAAACUACUAUAAAUAUGGAGACCAAGACUGUAACAGUGAAUGCCAAACUCUGAGAAGGGAGCUGGAGAUUGGCCAACUGCUAACAGAGUUAUGUGACUACUAAACUCACAGAAAAAUAACUCUUACUCUUUUUCAUGGAUAUUCUUUCCAUUCCCCAUAGAAGGGCAUACAGUAGUGUGUGUGUGUGUGUGUGUGCGUGCGCGUGCGCGUGUGCGUGAUCUUACAAUGAGAAGUUAUAUGUUUGGGUUAACAUAAUUAUCCGCUCUACUUUUUAAAAAAAUAUAUUGACUGAAAGCUUCCAACAUUGCUUUGACACCAUAAUCAGGGUAUGUUAACAGAACAAUACUCUAUUAUGUUUCUGCUUUUAUGCACUAAUGACACUACAAUGUUUACUAACUUUAUCUUUAUCACAUUACUCAACUGGGUUGGGGGGGGACUUAAAUUACAAAGGUUGGAUUAAUGAGCCCUUUUUUUUAAUAAUUGAAAUAUCAUUGCACACGGAACAUAGAAACUUACAUUUGACAUUUCUGAAAUAAUUCCUGAAAAAUUCAGAAAACCAUAAGUGACUGGUUAUAGGAUGAUAGUGGUUUUAAGACAAAAAAAGACAAGAAAAUCCGUGAAAAACUUGAGGAAAAAACUUUUAAUCUAUGUUAUAGGACGCAUUGAAAAAAUGUUAACAUCCUCUGCCACCAUUGAAAAUGGUGAUGGUUAUUUUAAACCAUGCAAUACUAAUAGAAAGCAAAAUAUUCUUUCAGACGGUGUAUCAUAAACGAUAACCUGUCUAGAAUGAAAAAAAUUGUAAACCAAAAACCUUAUAUUGUACAUGUUUGAUCUCAAAAUGUACAUCCCUUUCUACAUAAGUCUAAACAAACUAGUUUUUUCACAAUUUAUUUCUCUGAAUAGCCAAUUUCGGCCUGAAAUCAACCUCAUAAAAAAAUGUCAAAAGCUUGUUACUGUUUGUAUGACGCAGGCAUUUUUUUUUACAUCAAAAUCUGAGGGGAAAAAAUGCAUUUUAUAACCAGUCAUUUACGGUAAUACAUAAAUUAUUUGCUGAAUUAUUUUCUGUUAACAACAUAUGGUUGAAGCCGACUGGCGCAGUCCAGUGACGUUAGGCUCAUAAAGCGUCACAUUUUCCAAGUCUUUCCCACCAACUCUGACACACUUGUCAUGGCGCUUAAUCCACUUCCACUUAUAAACUUCCAAAUUUGUGCUUUGAUGUACACUGUGUUUUAUAAUCAUAUUAUUUCACAAGGGGCAAAGCUCUUGUAAUAUGUGUAUUCCUUGCAAUGUCAAAAUUCAUUGAUUACUUUCUUUUCAAUCUACACAUAUACAUGUAUGCUCUGUCGUUCAAUCUACACAUAAAGAAACUUGUUGCAUCAGUUACUUUCUUUAUAUCAUGCAAUUAAAAUCAUUUACCAUGUUUAUACUUCAAGGUGGUUAGCAGGUUAAAUUUGAUGCAAAAAAAUUAUUGCAUUGAUUCAGCACAUAUGAUUAGAGAUGGUCAUUUUUAGCUUGACUAUUCGAAGAAUAAUGAGGCAUUACUACUCCACCUGGCGUCGGCAUCGCCGUCCAGUUAAAGUUCUAGUUUAAAGGGCAGGUUGGCAUUUUCACUUAUAACUCCAAUACCCUUCAUUCAAUUCACUUAAUACUUCACACAAUUGUUCAGGACCAUCACACUAUGAGGUUACUUAACUCCAUGUUAUCCUUAAUACAAAUUAUGGCCCCUGAUUGACUUAGGAACUAAGGUUAAAGUUUCAGGGCAUAUUGUGUCUGGUUCAAGUUUAACAUUAAGGGCAAGUUGGGAUUUACACUAAUUACUUUUAUACCCUUCGUUCAAUUGACUGCAUACUUCACACAGUUGUUUACUACCAUAACACAAUUAGGUUACAUAACUCCGUAUUUAAUCUUAAUACAAAUUAUGGUCCUUGAUUGACUUUUUGUAUUGCUUUUGACUGGCAUAUUUUUAACCAAAGUGAAACCUGGUUAUUAGAAUGUUAUACGCUGUUGUUGGUUAGUACUGAAUAACUUUAGUUAGGAUUUCAUAUUGUAACCAUUAUUGGUAUACAGGAAGAGUUUAUUGAGUACUUUAAUGGGCUGGCUUUUGGGCCCCUAAGGUCAAGCUCACCGUUACUAAAAAUAGAAAAAUGGUUGUUACUGAACUAGUUUGGGUUGACAUAUUGCAACCAUAACUUGGUAUAAAGGAAGAGUUUAUGGAGACCUUUAAUGGGAUUUUGGGCCCCUAGGGUCAAGGUCAAGGUCACUGUUACUAAAAAUAGAUAACCAUUUGGUACUAAAUAACUUUAGUUAGGCUUGACAUAUUGUGACCAAACUUGGUAUGUAGGAAGUGUUUAUGGAGGCUUAACAGGUUGCAUUUGGGGCCCUUAGUGUGAAGGUCAAGGUCACUGUUAAUAAAAAUGGAAAAAACAGUUAAUACUGAAUCUCACAAUGAAGGCUUAAGAAUACGUGGUUUCAUCGCAUUGCCAUAUUUCUUGUUUACAUUUUAAUUUGUCUUUUUUUUAAUCAUUGCUUUUGAAAGGCUUAUAUUACAUCAUUAUUGUAUUCAUUUCCAAGACUAAGCAGCGUAUAGUCGAGUGCGCUUUCCUACGACCUCUCUUGUUAGCAUAAAUCUCUGAUUGAAAUUACUACAAUAGUUUUGUUUGUACAUGACAUAAUCAUAGGCUUGUGUAAUAUCUUUGUAGUAUUGAAUAAUUUUAAUUAUUUAUUUUAUAUCUUUUAUACAUUUAUUUGUUAGAUAUGGCAAUAAAUUAAGUGAUAUAAAUAAAUGUUUGUAAAUAAAUA